CAAGGAGCAAGAAAUUCUCAUUCCAAUUUUGUUUUACUUGGAUUGUUGUGUCGUAUUGUCACUUACACUUGUGGACUUAUUUUAGUAGUCAGUGAAAUUUACAUGGACCGGAAUUAGUAGGAUUGCAAAUUUUAGAUACCAGAACUAUUUAUUAGGCUGCGGACGAGUCCGUACGGACCAAUGACGGCACUCAUCUUUAGAAAUCAGUGAUCAAUCACUGACCAGUAAAGAUUACAAAGCAACGGGGUGGUGGUCCUCAUGAAUCGAUCUCAGGCAACAAAAUGCUGAAAAUAUGCCGCCUCCAUGUUGCAUCGAGUCAGAAACCGAGCACAUUCUCCCUUUUCUUCCCUUUUAUUUAUUCUUCUUCUUCUUGUUUUUCUUCUUUCUUUCUUUGAGGUUCGAUCGAUUCCACUGCUCUUCUCCUCAUGGCAGCGGCUGAGCAGGUCCCUGAGCCACUCAACUAUCAGACUGUGGCUUUGAAGGUCUCGAUCCAUUGCGAAGGCUGCAAGAGGGAGGUGAAGAGGGUGCUGCAUCACAUCGAAGGGGUUUACAGGGUGAGCAUCGACUUGCCGCAGCACAAGGUGGUGGUGACCUGCAACGUUGCGGCGGAGACGCUCAUAAAGAAGCUGAACAAGACCGGGAAGCACGCGGAGCUCUGGCCAGAGCCGACGCCGCCCGAAGGCAUCGCCGGCGCCGGCACAGGUGGCAAGAAGAAAAGGAACAAGAAGAAGAAAAACAAAAACAAGAACAUCAGCAGCGCCGCCCCCCCGGCGAACGAGCCACCGCCGCAGAAACCUGAGGGCGACCGAACCUCCUCCGACGAGGAAGAGAACCCGAGCGAAGCUCCCGGAAAGCCCGAGGCGGCCGCUCCGCCGGCGCUGGAGAAGCAGGGCGGAGCGGAGCCAGCCGCGGCCAACGGCGGCGGGGGCGGUGGCCGGAAGAAAAAGGGGAAGAAGGGCGGACAUAGCAACGGUGGCGGAGGUGGCGGAAACGAAUCUGAGACGGCCGCGCAGGUGGAGGGCGGAGGGACUGUGAGCUCGCCGGCGGUUAAUAUUUAUACUGGCAAAUUGCCGACUUACGUGGUGAGCUAUAGCUCAGUGCAGCCGGUCAUGGGCCACGGCAGGGCGUACAUCCAUGACCCGUCGCCGGUGCAGCAGGGCAGCUACGUGUACUCGACGGCGUCGGCGGGAUCUUAUUACAUAUUCAGCGAAGAGAAUGCCAACGCUUGCUUUGUUAUGUGAUGACACAGAACAAAGCUCUUGUUUUAGUGUCAUGGUUGUGGUAAAGCUUCAACUGCUACUUGUGUAGUUUUGAAUGUCAAUAAAUGGAGGUGCAUGUUGGCAAAAUCAGGAUGAUAGAAUUGUAAUACAUGCUGGUAAAAUCAGACAGUAUAUUAGCAAAAUCUUUAAUUUUUUGUAUCACAAUCUAUUGAUUAGGGCUCUAAAUCAAGUCAA